AUGGCACCCCAACAUAGAAUUGUCGUCUUGGGAGCUGGAGUAUCUGGUUUGACUGCGGCCUUUAUCUUGUCCAAGAACAAGAACUACAGCAUCACCGUUGCCGCAAAGCAUAUGCCAGGAGACUAUGACAUUGAAUAUGCAUCCCCGUGGGCCGGUGCAAACUAUCUGCCUGUUGGCAAGGAAGGCACUCCAUCGCAAGAAUAUGAGAAGAAUACAUGGCCCGAACUAGCUAGACUCGCCAAGGAGCACCCUGAAGCUGGUAUCCAUUUCCAAGAUACCUUGAUCUAUCGAAGAGAAAAGGACAAAGGUCCUGUCAGUGAGUGGUUUGCAGAACUCAUCCGCGAAGAUGCAUGGUUCAGCAAGGUUGUGCCUAAUUUCAAAGUCCUCAGCAAGGACGAGUUGCCAGAGGGCAUGGACGGUGGUACCUCAUUUACCUCUGUCUGCAUCAACACGGCAAUUUAUCUCCCUUGGCUGGUCUCUCAGUGCCUCAAGAACGGCGUUAUCUUCAAGCGAGGUGUCGUAAAGCAUAUUGCAGAUGCUAAAUCGCUUCAUCAAUCUGGGAAGAAGGCCGACUUGGUAGUCAACUGUACUGGACUUUUCUCACUCUUCAUGGAAGGAGUGCAAGACAAGAACAUGUACCCAGCUCGUGGACAAAUCGUUCUCGUUCGAAACGACCCAGGAUACAUGGCUACCACUUCAGGAACUGACGAUGGCGACGACGAGGCAGUCUAUAUCAUGCAUCGUGCAGCUGGCGGUGGUUGCAUCCUGGGAGGCUGUUUGCAAGCGGAUAAAUGGGACUCUGCAGUGGACCCGAACCUGGCCAUCCGCAUCAUGAAACGUGCAAUUGCUCUGACACCUGAACUCGUACCCGAGGGAAAGGGCAUUGAAGCCUUGGACGUUAUCAGGCACGGUGUAGGAUUGAGACCGAUGCGCAAGGGCGGCAUCAGAACCGAGAAGGAGACAAUCAAGGGCCCAGACGGGAACGCGAUCAAGGUUGUGCACAGCAUUGGUCACGGUGGAUAUGGAUAUCAAACUUCAUGGGGUUGCGCUGCCGCUGUAGUCCAACUUGUUGACGAGUCUUUGAAGGAGAAAGCUCGUUUGUAG